AUGUUGAGAGACCAAGAUCUCUAUAGUAAUAAGGCUGGUGUUGACCACAAUAGUUCUUUCCAAAAAAUUGGAACCAGGAACCGUGCUUACAAUCCUGAAGAAAUGGAAGAACGUCCAAUAGCUAAACUCUCACACUUCACAGGCAAGAGAAUUGGCCUGAUACGAGCUAGACUCAUGGGAGCUCGCAAGGCCACUGGCGAUGUGUUACAGUUUCUAGAUGCUCACUGCGCAACUGCUAGGACCAUUCCUUUUAGGACUCAAGUGAUGACAGGCGGAUUAUUUGCAAUUGGCAGAGAAUAUUUUGGAAAAAUUGGAACAUACGACGACCAGAUGGAUAUUUGGGGUGGUGAGAACAUUGAAAUGUCUUUAUGAAUUUGGCAGUGUAGUGGUCGAGUAGAAACGUCCCCAUGUAGCCAUAUCGCUCACGUAUUCCAGAAAUCGAGUCCUUACAUCUUUCCAGGUGGAGUAAAUCCAAAUCCUCUAUUCAAAUCUUGCUCGAGCUGUGCUAGUAUGGAUGGAAGAAUGGAAAGAAUUCUUUUUCAAAAUGAACCCUGA